AUGUCGGCCCUCCCUAUGGCAGCUCCGCCCAAGAGCCCCUUGGCUCGUUACCGCAUUCUCUCUCCGACGGCUUCCGUUCGCGUGAGCCCUCUGUGUUUGGGCGCCAUGAACUUUGGCGACGCCUGGAAGGGAUACAUGGGUACUUGCGAUCAAAAGACUGUCGAAGAGAUCCUCGACUUCUUUCAUGAGCAGGGGGGCAACUUCAUCGACACCGCCAACAACUACCAAUUCGAAGAGUCCGAAGAGUGGAUUGGCGAAUGGAUGAAGAAAAGAGGCGUUCGUGACCAAAUGGUCAUUGCAACCAAGUAUACCACAAACUUCCAAGCGGGCCCCAACGCGCCGGGCAUCAUGGCCAACUUCACCGGCAACGGAUCCAAGAGCUUGCAUACCUCUGUAGAGGCAAGCUUACGCAAGCUGAAGACCGACUACAUUGACCUCGUGAGCAGCUUUGUCUCUUAUCUUUCAAGCGAUGUCACUUACACAGAGCAGCUCUACGUCCACUGGUGGGACUAUUCUACUUCUAUUCCGGAGCUGAUGCAGUCUCUCAACAACCUCGUCAUCACCGGCAAGGUCCUCUUUCUCGGCAUCAGUGAUACCCCGGCUUGGAUCGUCAGCAAGGCCAAUGAAUACGCCAGAAAUCAUGGACUACGCCAAUUCUCCGUAUAUCAAGGUCGAUGGUCUGCUGCCUCACGAGACUUCGAGCGAGAGAUCAUUCCCAUGACCAAGGCUGAAGGAAUGAGCUUGGCACCCUGGGGCGCGCUCGGCGGUGGCGCUUUCAAGACGGAAGAGCAACGCAAGUCCCAGGAGGGCCGCAAAGUUCAGGCUAGCGAAGCGCAAAUCAAGAUCAGUCAGGUGCUGGAAAAGAUCGCCAACAGCAAAGGGACAAUCAUCACGAGUGUUGCUUUGGCUUAUGUCAUGCAAAAGACGCCUUACGUCUUCCCCAUUGUCGGCGGUCGCACUGUCGAUCAUCUGAAGCAAAACAUCGAAGCAUUAGCCCUGGAUCUCUCCGAUGAAGAAAUUCAGGAGAUCGAAGGAGCUGUGCCGUUCGAUAUGGGCUUCCCCCACAACUUUUUAUGGGGAGAGAAGGUCCCGUCGAACCCUGGCGAAGUCUGGUUGUUGAACAUGGGAGGAACUUUCGACUAUGUACCAGAGCCCAAGGCUAUCGCACCCAAAGAAGGCGGAAAGUAG